AGAUGGUGAGGGCGUACCACAUCCCCAAGAACAUAUGGCUGCGGACAGGCGGGCAGAAUGAGAGGGCGUGCACUGUGUCGCAAACGGGCUGGAUACCAGUGUACGUGGACCACUUUGACGCCGGCCUGCGAUUUCCCCUGCCCGGAUUCGUGUUCGACCUGCUGGCGGAGUACGAGCUGGCGCUGACGCAGCUAACGCCCAACAGCAUAAGGUUUGUCACGGGCUUUAUGCUGUUGUGCGCGAGAUUGGGGGUGCCAGCUAAAGCAAUAGUGUUCAGGUCGCUAUUCCAGUGCCGGUUGUGCCCGAAGCCACAAGGAGCGAGAUGGUACUACCUCUCUGGGAGGGAUAAGAGCCAAUUGUUCAAGAAUGUCCGGAACAAAGUGGCGAGAUGGAAGAGGCAGUUCGUGUUUGUUCGCGACACGCGGACAGAGAGGAUAAGUAACGACCUCGCUGCCCGGCUAUCCGAAUGGCGAACCCCGAACGCCCACAUCAACUACCCCCAGCUGCUGCCCCGGGAUGUCGACCUGAAGAACCAGCUGCUUCAGUAUGCGCAGGGGGAGGGUUUGAUAGAUCUAGAGGCCCUGGUUACCUCGGAGCAGCUCGCCGUGUUCGGGUUUGUCGAUAUGACAAACCUGAUUAGCGAAGGUGAAAUGAGCAGCAUACUGGAACGUCAACGUCAACGUGCCCAGAGUUCCCGGGGGCGUGGGGCGAGCAGCGCGCAACCCCGGCAAACAAGGUUCGACGAGCGGCCACCCCCAGCGCCUCAACCAUGCAGCUCUUCGCACCGGGGAUCCAGCUCGUCGUCCAGGCCGCGAGCAGAUAACAGAGCUGAGGCUGCGGCCCCAAGUGCACGUAGACGUGCACGGGAGGAGAUAGAGAGCGAGGAGGACGAGGUCCCCCUUGCUAGGCGCAUGAGAAGUGGGGGGACUCAGCCCGCACAGGCAGCUCGCCCUACAACGCUGAAAGCCACGCACGGGCGCUCUGUCGCGAUGGCACGGGCUCAAGGUGCAGAGUGGCUGGUUGGUUCAGCCAUAUUCCAAGAGGCAGUGGCGGUGGCGUCUGCGAACGUAACCACGGAUAUCUACAAUGAGAUUCGUGGGAAGGUUCUGCACCACCGCCCAGAUUUUCCAAUCCGCGAGCUGGUCUUCUUUGACGAGGAGGAGCUCGACGAGCAGGGUAAGAGCCUUGCUCCCCUCGCUGACACAACUGUGAGGCUGAGGUGGGACUUGAACGAGGAGGGCGUGCCCGUCUGGCCGCCGUCCGUUCUGGAGGACGGGGAGGACCCAACAGGGCUGGCCUCCUUUGAUGCAUGGGUAGAGGGCGCUCCUGUAGCUGAGCAGGAGCCUUCAAGCACCCCACCCAACUCUCAGCCCGUAGUUGUGUCAUCCAGCUCGCCCGUCAACGCGCCAGCCUCUGAGCCCGUUUCCCGGUCUUCUCCUGCUCGCUCUUCUGCGGCUGCGACCGACGCAUCCAUGCCCGUCGAUCUGACGGAUGACUAGGUUUAGGAUUUUUUGUUUCAUUCUUUUGUACUUUUGUUUUAGCAUUUUUGUAUUUGAUCACUGGAUUCAGAUCGCAUAUACUUCUGUAACAUCUUUGAUGAAAUACAAGAAUGAAUUUAUA